CAUAAAGCUCAUCGCUCCCUCGGAGAGGCCAGCCUGCCGGCGAGCUGCAGGAAUCUGCAACAAAACCAUGACAGUCUGAGCACGCUCCAAACUGGUCUGUCACCUCAGACCCUGACUAGUUCACAGAGAAGCAGAAUUUCGACUCCAAUAGGCUCAAAUGUGUUUCUGUGCAAAGGAGCAACGCUGGUGAGGGAAGAGAUUUAAAGAGUAUUGGGUAUUUGUCAAACUUUUAUUCCCUGCAAAGAAGGGAUUCAACUUCCAUUUUCUGCCAAGGCUCUGGGUCCAGCCACCUACCUGAAGGUCUUGAAAACAUGAAGACUGUGCUUUUUUUCCUAUACAUUUUGGGAACUGCAGCUGCAAUCCCGACAAAUGCAAGGUUCUUAUCUGAUCAUUCCCAACCAACUACUGAGUCCUUGAGUUCCAUCCAACAGACUGAACUGUUAGUAACACCUGGCGACACUACGGUGCCCAUUUUGAGAGUUGAAGAUGCAGAAAAUGAAAAGGAAUCUACAGAAUCUGUAGAAGAGCAACCCAACAAUAAGGCUGAAAAAUCUUCAGUACAAAAGUCAAAGGAGGAAAACCAUGACCAGUCAGCAGAUCAGGACCAGAGUUACAGUCAAGAGCUGGGAUUACAGGAUCAAGAGGAAAGCGAAAGUGACUUAAGUGAGAAUUUGGAGUAUACACCCACUGAAGGUACACUGGACCCCAAAGAAGAUAUGAGUGAGCCUCAAAAGGAAAAACUGCCAGAGAACAUUGAUUUCCUUGCUCCUGAUGUUAGUUCCACUGUAGAUUCUGACCAACAAGAAAGCAUCACAAAGACAGAGGAAAACCAAGAACAGCUUCUAGUUGAUUCACAUUCUCAGUUGAACAGGAGCAGCAAACAAGGCGAAAACCUAAGUGAUCAAGAAAACCAAGAGCAGGAUCCAAACAUUCCCAACGGAGAAGAAGGGGAAAAAGAGCCAGGUGAAGUUGGUACCCACGACAAUAACCAAGAAAGGAAGGGAGAACUUCCCCAGGAGCAUUCUAACAGCAAGCAGGAAGAAGACAGUACCCAAUCUGAUGAUAUUUUGGAAGAGUCCAGUCAACCAACUCAAGUAAGCAAGAUGCUAAAAGGUGAAUCUGAGCAGGGUCACCAAGAACAAGAAGAGAAUAACUCCAAUGAAGAAAUGGAAGUGGAAACUGCCCCCCAAAUCAAUCAGCACAAUCAAGAUACUGAAUGGCAGAGCCAAGAGGGAAAAGCUGGCCUUGAAGUUAUCGGCAACACUGAGGAGAUGGAGAAAAAGACUGUUUCUGAAGCUCUGCCUGUAGAGCCUACUGACGAUGGUGAUGACGGCCCCAGACACAGUGCAAGUGAUGACUACUUCAUCCCAAGCGAGGCCUUCCAGGAGGCUGAAAGAGCUACUUCCAGUUACUAUCACAUCAAACAUGAGGAGCAGGGAGAAAGAGCACAUGAGAAUGAGAAUGUAGAUACCAGUGAACCUGGAGAAUCCGAAGGGGCCAAAAAAGCAGAGAGCUCACUGAAUGAAGAUGAAAGUUCAACUGAAGGCAACAUCAGGGUAUACAAUGUUGAUUCUUGCAUGAACUUCCAGUGUAAAAGAGGACACAUGUGUAAGGCUGACCAACAGGGAAAACCCCACUGUGUUUGCCAAGAUCCAAUGACUUGUCCUCCUACAAAACUCCUUGACCAAGUUUGUGGCACUGACAAUCAGACCUACGCUAGCUCCUGCCAUCUGUUUGCUACUAAGUGCAAACUCGAGGGGACCAAAAAGGGGCACCAACUGCAGCUGGAUUAUUUUGGAGCCUGCAAAUCUAUUCCUGCUUGUACGGACUUUGAAGUGACUCAGUUUCCUCUAAGAAUGAGAGACUGGCUCAAGAAUAUCCUCAUGCAACUUUAUGAGCCUAACCCUGAACACCCUGGAUAUUUAAAUGAGAAGCAGAGAAAUAAAGUCAAGAAAAUUUACCUGGAUGAAAAGAGGCUCUUGGCCGGGGACCAUUCCAUCGACCUUCUCUUAAGGGACUUUAAGAAAAACUACCACAUGUAUGUGUAUCCUGUACACUGGCAGUUUAGUGAACUUGACCAACAUCCUAUGGACAGAGUCUUGACACAUUCUGAGCUCGCUCCCCUGCGAGCCUCUCUGGUGCCCAUGGAACACUGCAUAACUCGCUUCUUCGAUGAGUGUGACCCCAACAAGGACAAGCACAUCACCCUGAAGGAGUGGGGCCACUGCUUCGGAAUUAAAGAAGAAGACAUAGAUGAAAACCUCCUGUUUUGAAUUAAGAUCUGAAAGGACUCAAACUUUCCAGCAUUCUCCUCUGCUCUGACCACUUCUGAAAUACAUGCAGCCAAGUUCCUUGUAGGUUUAUAGUUAGCAGAAUGUUUGCAUGUUUGAGAAGACAAUGAGAGUAACUGCUUGAUAAUUGUGUAUGCACAAGGCAUUUAACAUUAACUUUGGAAAUAAGACUUUAACAUUAAGUGAAGUCAAUAUAUGCAAAAUACUGUGUGCUGUUUGUAAACAGGAGUUUAACUCAUCACUCUGUAUCAAUUUGUGAGAUACGUUCCUUUUGUCCGUAAUAUCAUGUGCACGUCGAGAAAAUGCAAUAAUGCUCUUUUGUUGUGAAUGUGUAUUAUUUUCAAUGUUUUAAUACUCUAAUAAAAAUCCAUAGAAAUCCAAA